AUGGGCUCGAAUGGCGCCGCGGGAUCCGGCUGGCGGUUGGAGGCGGAGAUGAAAGCUACUCCACACUGCCGCGUGGUAGAAGUCACUGCGGAAGAUGAACCGCAGCAGCUACGGCAGUUCACGAUCGAGGACCUGGGCUCCGACGAUUAUGCGCGCAAGCGCUACAUCGGGCGGGUGCAGCUGAGCGGGCUGCAGGACAAGGGCCAAAAGCACCAGGCCGUGAUCAUCCUCGACUGGGAUGAUACCAUUCUCGCCACCUCCUACCUCAGCAGCACAGGCUUCACCGAGCUCACUCCGGAUGGCGCCGAGCAAUUCCGGGCCCUCGAUGCACAGGCCCUGCGCCUGCUCGAGAAGGUGAUCGGGUUCGGCACUGUGUUCAUCGUGACAAACGCCGCCAGUGGCUGGGUGCAGUACUCCUCGCGCAUGUACCUGCCAGGGGUGCACGAAUUGCUCAAUGCACGUGGGGUCCAGGUGAUCUCGGCCCGCAGCGAGUUCGAGGAAGCGCACCCUGGCGACUACCACCGCUGGAAGGAGGAGGCUUUCAAGAAGGUGGGGGAGCAGUUCCCGCGCGAGCCGAUAACCAACCUAGUAUGCAUCGGGGACUCGAACAUCGAAAUCGACGCAGCGCACACACUGUCCAAACAAUUCAGCGAGCCCCUGGUGAAGACUAUAAAGUUCAAGGAGCACCCGAAGCCCGAGGAGCUAGUGAAGCAGCAGCAGCUAGUGGUGGCGCGGUUCGAGGACAUCUACCUCAGCAUGAAGGCCAUGACCAUCCGCCUCGAGCGCAAGUCCUCCUGA